GCAACAUCAGUUCAGUUCCGCAACAAAGUUGAAGAGGUGCAGAGUGCUUGGCUGGUGUUUGAGGAACUACUGUUUUAAUCUUUAACGAGAAAAACAUAUAAUUUUGCCAUGUUGACAACCCAUCGACACAAAAUGCAAUGUCGGGAAAUUACUGGGCCCACACCUCAUUCAGUGGCAGUGAGAGCAAGAAAUGCUUCAUCAAGACCCACAGACUACCUGAUUUUGGAGAGAAGGAAACAUGAGGCUGUUCGGAAUGAGGUGCUGGACUUCACCAGGGAUCAAAGUUCCUGUGAUGUUAGAAUGCAAUGGGAGAGAAACACACAGCGCAGAAUGGUGUCGGCAACUAUUGAUAGACAACUACAGGAAGCAAUGGUGCAGUACCAUAUGGGCAUUGAUGAAAGGAGAGAAAGGCUUCGUGAGCUGCUGGAGUUUGAGGAGCAAGAGUUACUUUGUGAAAUUGAGACAAAAAAGGAGACAGUGUUGGAGAAGCAGGCUAAGAUGCGUGAAAGAGCCAAAACUCUGCGUGAGAAAAGGGAGAGCGAGAGACAGAAACUUGUUGCUGACAAACUUGAUCAGCUCUUCAUAGAGCAGAGUGAGGAGUUGCGUGCCGUGCAGAUGAAGCGCAGACAAGAUGAAGUCUGCACUGAGCGUGAAUCUCAGAUUCGUAGUCGGGAGGAAGCUCGACAGAUGCGACAGGAGGAAGACAGAGUGUUCGUUCAGAUGUGGGAGAGCGACAGGUUGGCUAAAGAGGAGCGUGAAAGCCAAGAGCUCCAACGAAAGAGACAGAGCAACCUUGAGCAGGUGGCGUUCCUGCAGGUGCAGAUGGAAACGGCUGAACAACAGAGAAUUCGGGCCAAACAACUGAAGGAAGAAGAGGCGCAGUUACUGCGAGACCAAAUGGAGAUGCUUCAGCUGGAGUCAGAGAGAGAACAAAAGCAGAAGCUACUGGACCAAGACAAACGAAGAAAACAGCUGGACCGUUCACUUCGUUUGAAAAUGAAGAGGCAAGCAAGAGAGAAGCAGGAAGAGUUGGCACUCGAUAUGACCAUUCUGGAACAGCUAUUGGCUGAGGAGAAGGAUGAAAAGCAGGAAGGGGUUCUCAAGAAGCUGGAGCGUGGUGAGGAGCAGCGCAGGUAUCGACAGUACCUGGCAGAGCAGAUGGAGGAGCAAAAACGGCAAGAGAUUGAGAUGGGGCAGCUGAUCGAGUCCGAGCUCCAGCAGGCCUGGGCUCGUAGGGAGGAACAGUGGCGUCUGGAAAAGGCAGCAAGAGAUCGACUCAUGAAGGACGUCAUGAACACUCGGCGGUUACAGAUCCAGGAGAAGCUAAAUAAGAACAUGCAGAAACAGGCUGAGCUUGCCAAAGAGAGAGAGGAGUUCGACCAAACUAUUGAAAAGAAUAAAUUGCUGGACGAAGUAGAAAAGACUCGUUUAAGGGAGGCAACUCAAGAGCAUCAGGCUGAUCUCUUGGCUCAGAUGUUGCACCGCCAGCGUCUUCGUGAAGCAGAACAGGCUGAGAUGCAACAAGAGUUCCAGAAGGGUAUAAUGUACCAGGAGCAGUACAAUAAGAAAAUUCAGGACAUCCUGUCAAGGCCUGUAUCUAACACCACAGUGGUUCACCCGUUUAGGAGACGUGAACGACCCUACUCCAGCUUUGGUGGAGAGAUGGCCUAAAAUCAACUAUUAAUUGUAUUAUCCGCGUAUUAAUCAAUAAUAAAUGUUUUCUUUUGUAGAACCCCUUACAUAAUAGGCUUGCGAUGCCUGUGUUUUACUUUGUGUUUAGUUUGUGUGAUCUGUGAUUAUACAAACUGUCCUUGUGUCAAAGGUUGUAUGCCUAUUUAGAAUUUAAUACAAGUCAGACUGGACUAACCUGUUUUAAAAAAUAUAUUUGCAUGUUUAAAUGUUAACUAUUUAGAAAGGCCAUUCAAUUUAUUGAGCUGAAUGUGAAUAGCGAGGACAUAAUCCUCGACAAGCGUGUUUCCUUAUGUGUUUUUAAGACGAGCGUGUUCCUUAUGUUCUGCCUUUGACAGGAACUGUGUGAAACCGUCCAUAAUUGCUAUGGGACAUUUACAGAACACAAUUCCAUGAGGGCCAAAUUGUCGGGGGUUAAAACCUUACAGUGAAAUAAUGAAUUCAGAGUAUUUCUUUAAUGAUUUAACAAGCAAAGGGUUUAAACCAAUAAGCUAGUGGGUUAAAUGAUUAGCAUGUGAGUGAGGCGGUGGAUACCUUUUCACACCGCAUGUAUGGCAGAUUCCACAACAGUUCGAGCAUGGUAAAGCAGUUAGUCAACACCCAAUACCUGACAUAGGAGUGGUAUGGGUGUGGAGCAAUUGGUCUGAUGUCAUUUCUGUCGUCUUAUUGCCCUCUCUCUUAGCUGUUCAGACAGGUUUAACUUUAACCCUAGCCGGUUCCUGGCUAUAUACAACAUUGAGAAAAGUACUCCAUAGUAUAUGUACUCAUUUUAAAUAUGGCAUGAGGAUUUUUAUAAUACAGAAUAUCUAAUAAUACAGGGCUUUGUACGUUUUUGGAUACUGGAAUGAUUUUUUAAGAGAGAAAAAUGCGUGAAUCUGAGCUUUAUGUGAAGGUAAGUGAUUGUGGUUUUUAUCUCUCAAAGAUCUUUUAUUCUACCUUUCUUUUUUUAAUAGUAUUUUUAUUGAGGAAGAACAGAGUAGUAUAUUCCAAAUACAGCAUGUUACUAAUGUUCCUCAUGGUUUUAAAAAAAAUUCCAGAUGGCCCCCUCCCUCCUCGUAAAGAAUAUUCUACCUUUCUUUAUUGCAUAAUAUGUGGUUGACAACGACCGGUUGCUUGUGUUGAGCAUUUUGAAAAACUAAACAAUAAUAGGUAGUGGUUCAAGUGUUUAUUCUUUUGAAAACAGCAUCUUUAUGAAAAUCUAAAGAUGGAUUUUUAUUUGAGUCAUAUCGUGUCAUUUGUAUAUCUUUGUUCUAGACUUGUUUCUCUCAGUAUUGCAGUUUACACAUGACUUGUGUACACUCUGCACCUUACAGAUAAGGGUUGAAAGCUUUGUCAUCUGUCUUUGAUUAAUGACGUAAACAGCACACAAUCUGGUCCGAGUAGUCUCUGCAAUAAAACACUUCUCAAGAAUUUUCCUUUGAACAUUAUUGAAUGCUCACAAUGAAACAGACAGGUUAGGUUAGUGCAGGGAAUACUUAAUGUAUUUAAUUCCUUAGAUUCAUCUUGUAAAAUAAAAU